CCUGCGACUUCCGAAGUCCCGUCGUGCAUCUCAGUACGCACUCGCUGGGGGUUCCGGGAGCGAGCUUUACCCGGGAAACGCCGCGGGUGUGACGGCCGCUGUUUGGGCUAGCGGGCGGCGCAGGGCGCGUCCUCGGCACCAUGACGGACCGCUACACCAUCCACAGCCAGCUGGAGCACCUCCAGUCCAAAUACAUCGGCACGGGCCACGCAGACACCACCAAGUGGGAGUGGCUGGUGAACCAGCACCGCGACUCGUACUGCUCCUACAUGGGUCACUUCGACCUCCUCAACUACUUCGCCAUCGCGGAGAACGAGAGCAAAGCGCGCGUGCGCUUCAACCUGAUGGAGAAGAUGCUGCAGCCCUGCGGGCCCCCGGCCGACAAGCCCGAGGAGAACUGAGCCCCCGGCGCCCUCCGACCUGCUCCCGCCGGCGGCCGCCGUCACCCCACCCUCCCCUUCUGAUAACGAAUGGGCCGCCGAUCUCUUUGGUAACUCGCGGCACCGCGAGGACCGAGUCCGGUUUUGUCCCGCGAGGGAA